CAUGAUGGCUCUGUGCGUCACAUUUAUUCCUAACCUUACGAGUGAUGGCUAUUUUAGUCCCGCAAAAUAACGGCUUUGCUUUUGGCCUGGUCGGCUCUCUCUUUUUUGGUGCUUUUUCAAGUGAUUUGACAAUGGUGCAUUAUUUCUUGGGCAGCCGAUGGACAGAGCGGUAGUGUCCGCUGCAUGUUUGUGCUCUCUUGUGAACUAACAUAAGCCGCCCCUAGCUAGCUGUCAUCGCUCGCAAAGAGUUCGCUAGUACAGAAACAGAAGGAACCGGUCCAAUCUGCUUUGCUGGACAGUAUUCCCUGCAAUCCUCGACGUUUGGCACUGGUGAAUUCCAAGUGAUAUUAAUAGUCGAAUUCACACCUCGCAGACAAUCCAACACACUCCCCGACCAACCACAACAAUCCAACUACCUCUGGGCAACGGGGGACUUGAUAUACAUCCGUGUUGACUGCUGCGUUCUCGUGGGCAAUCGACGGUGGAUGUACCAAUUUUGAAUUUCGUCACAUCAAUCAAUCGCAAUGCCGCCACCCCGAAAUGAAACACCGAGAAGGAAGAAUGGCUUCAGCUAUCCCUACACAGGAGCCCAAAUCUCAACAUGGUUUGCUCUGCCCACGCUGAUAGUCGAAUUCGUGCUGGUGGUGGCUCCUGUACUGCCAUUGGAGGCCGCUAUUCCGUGCACCAUCGUCUUUGGCUUGACCGCUACUCUGGCGGCCUACUAUGCUGCCAUGGCACAGAUGAUUGAUCCCAUGGACGACUAUCUGGCGAAGCAUCUCAAGAGAAAGGAAAGUGGUGAACCGGAAGAGGACAAUGGAUUUGCUGGAUGUCUGGGAGCACCGGGUGACGCUUGUGAGCCAUUGAAGCAUUGUUGGAUAUGUGAAACACAAGUGGCAGAACAUGCCAUGCAUUGCAAAUUCUGUAACAAGUGUGUUGGCAAAUUUGAUCACCAUUGCAUGUGGCUCAACACAUGUGUGGGAAAAGCCAACUACCAUUACUUCCUCAUGACCAUGAUAUUCAUCACAGCAAUGCUAAUUGUCCAUUCCUCGAUACAAGUGGCUCUGAUAAUCGAUAUUUUCUUGGGAGGAUCCUCUCAAGACAGAGCCGAUGAAUGGUUUGAUACCAAUUCCCACAAAGUCCUUGUUGGUAUCUACAUUGGAUUUGUGGUAUUUGACGCAGUUGCAUUAUCAUUGCUUCUGCAGCUGUUGCAUUUCCACUGGAUAUUGAGCAAGGAGGGCUUGACAACCUACAGAUACAUUGUUCGAGAGACACAACGAAAACGAGAAAGGACCAACAAAGAAGAAGCACGGAAAAACCAACGAAUGGUUGCCAUGGGAAAAGCCAACGAUGAAGGCAACACAUUGUUGGCACUUCGACUGCGCUACGGAGAAAGUUGCAAAUGUUGUGAUCCACUACCACCAAUGGAGGAAGAAAAGAAGGAGGAAGAGCGGUCGUAUACUCCUGUGAAUCAACGUUCUUCUAAUGGUGAUCAUGGCGAUACCAAUGGUAAUGGCGAGCAUGCAAAUGGUGAAGGCGAUGGGGUUACCUUUGUCAAUGCGUCAGCCACGAAAGAUGCAUAGCGUUUCUUUUCAUAUUCUAUCUAACGC